CGAAAAUGUCAAAUGCGUUGGAAAAAAACACGCGAGUUUAACAAAUUGUGUUAUCAUCAAGAGGAGUGCUAACUAACUACUUAGGCUGUCGAGUGGUGUUGCAGGAAACCGAAAUAACUAGCAGAACCAGGUGAAAAUCGCAUCUGGAAAACGUGCAUCCAUCAUGUCGCACAAAAACGACGACCAGCAGCCGGUGACGGAUCAAAGCGAGCGUACCCAGGGUGAACAAAAAAAUUCCGAUGGAGAGAACGGAAUCAAACGACCCGCGCUUGACAUACAAGAGGAGGCAUCCAGAUCGAAACUGCAAAAAUUGGAAGAAUUGGUAACAAUUAACUGUAGCUAUCGUGAGCAGAGUUUUCGGGGGCAGUUUAGCAAAGCGUGGGCUGGAAGCGAAUCAUUGGGAAAGGACAAUUUUCUACUGAAAAAUGAACCUUUCCAGCUGGCAGUGUUGCAAAAAUUUUUGCAUGAAGAUGAACAGGAGGCACUGGUAACUAAAGCCUUAGAACAAGAGUUCUCCGAUAUGGAAUGGAAACGUAAACAGAUGGACUUGUACGAGUUCUAUCAAACGACGGAUCUGUGUGCUGUUCAGAAGAAAUAUCUGUCGGCAUUCUACAAAAACUUGAAUGAACGUGUACUUCCAAUGAUGAUGGAAUUAACGGGGAUGGAGCUUACACAUAUUUCGGCAUCUUGUUCGAUGUACAACUCGGGAGAUUAUUUACUAGUGCAUGACGAUUUGCUUACAGACCGUAAGAUAGCAUUUGUUUUCUAUCUAAGUCCAUGGGACGGGCAUCGGAAAUGGUCAGCUGAGCAUGGUGGAGCUCUAGAGCUUUUCAAAGCAGAUCAAAAUAUGCUACCGGUAUUUCCGGUGGUUGACAAAAUAUAUCCGCGCAACAAUCAGUUUGUAUUCUUCAAAGUCUGCGAAAAGUCUUUCCAUCAGGUGUCCGAAGUUACAACAUUUGAAUAUCCUCGCCUCACAAUAAACGGAUGGUUUCAUGGUCCAGUAGACCAACGGCUACCUCAGCACUGCUCCAUAAUUGUUGAUACACACUAUUUUGCACCACAACCUGAUAAGGUGGAUCUAUCAGAAUGGAUCAAUAACGUGUAUUUGAUUGACGAAGUAAAGCACAAUAUUCAAAAGAAAGUGGAAAUGUUUUCCGAAGUGUCUCUGGAAGAAUUCAUCUCCCCGGAAAUAUUUUCCGUCAUGCUUGAGUCCAUUUGUUCCAGCAAAGAUUUGCGGUGGACUAUCAAAGGUCCGGCUCAUCUGAGAAAGUACGAAAUAUUAGACUUCACAUCAGUCAAAUCAGGCCCCCUGCAGGAUCUUUACAAACUAUUCACUUCACAAGAAAUGUUUGGUCUGCUGUACGAUUAUACGGAGCUAGAUUUAGCUGGUAGAAAAGCUAAACGUCCCACCUGUGCCAUCGAACUGCAACGUUGGCAGAAAAGCUGUUACACCGUUCUAGGCGACUCGGCAUCUUAUUCCGACUGCACUCUAGAUGUGUUGUUCUAUUUGAACGCACAGGAAAACGUAGGAGUGGUGACCUAUCUGGUGCCAGAGGGUGAACAGCAACCUAGCAGCAACACUGACGAACCAGACGAAGACGACCCGGUGCUAUUGACCGUUUAUCCGAAAGACAAUGUGCUGAACGUUGUUUAUCGAGUCGAGGGUACGACCAAGUUUACUAAGUACGUUUCGAAAAACGUCUAUCUGGAGCAGGAUCAAUGUGACGACGGCCAUCCGUAC